AUGGCUUCGGCUGCGGCGGCGCAGAGUCUGCUCGUGGCGAGCACGAAGAUCAUCGGGGUUGGGCGCAACUACAUCGCCCACGCCAAGGAGCUCAACAACCCGGUCCCCAAGGAGCCCGUCCUGUUCCUGAAGCCGACCUCGUCGUUCCUCCACGCUGGCGUGGACACCGCCGCUGUCGAGAUCCCGGAGCCGCUCGAGUCGCUACACCACGAGGUUGAGCUCGCCGUCGUCAUCUCCCGGCGCGGGCGCGACAUUCCUGAGGCGUCCGCCAUGGACUUCGUCGGAGGUUAUGCACUUGCUUUGGACAUGACAGCAAGGGACCUUCAAUCUGUUGCUAAGUCUGCAGGCCUUCCAUGGACUUUGGCUAAAGGACAAGACACCUUCACUCCAAUUAGUGCAGUAGUUCCAAAAUCGGCUGUCACUAAUCCCGACGAUCUCGAGCUCUGGCUAAAGGUAGAUGAUGAACUAAGACAGAAAGGAUCCACAAGUGACAUGAUAUUCAAGAUUCCUUUUCUGAUCAGCUAUAUCAGUUCCAUCAUGACAUUAAUGGAGGGUGAUGUGAUACUAACAGGUACUCCUGAGGGUGUGGGUCCUGUCCGAGUAGGUCAGAAGAUCAAAGCUGGUAUAACUGACCUAAUUGAUGUCGAGUUUAAUGUUCAGAGGCGCAAUCAGUCAUUUUCCGCAUGA